AUGAACAGCACGCCACAGCCAUCCUCUUGCGUUUUCUGCAAGGCCUCAUUCAGCCGCCCUGAUGCCCUCAAACGCCACUGGACUACAUGUAAAGUCCGCCUCGCCGAGUCUUGGGAACUGCCCCAGAUAUCUUCAAAGGCAAGGGGCCGAAAGCGCAAGGCCUGUGAUAGAUGUGCCCGCCAAAAAAGAGCCUGCGUGCUGAAGAAUAAUCGUCAAACAUGUCAGCCAUGUGCCGUCCAGAACAAGGAGUGUUCCUAUCGCAGAAUCGCAGAUGCCGCUACCGAGCACCAAGAUCAGCCAAAUGAUCUGAAUUGUUCCAAUUGGGCGGCCACCGGUCGGGAAUCCACUACAGAUGAAUUUCCUUCUGGGGUCUCCAUGGGCGCUGUUCCACAAAGCGCCGUCCAACAAUCUCAAUGUCGAGAAACCGUUGCCAAAAGUAAUCCCAGCUUCGAUCUCGCCCAUCAGAGAAUUAGCUGGACCUUUUUUCAAGAAUUUAACCUGGGUAGAAGCCAGAACUGCCGUCCAACGGAACUGAAUAUCGCACUCGUUGCUAAGUUUCCGUUCCUUGGAAGAGUGGCCAAGGCCCAUGGGUUCGUUGGCACAUUCGAGUGUGGCAGUGUCGAACAUCGUUCAACAGUAUCAAAGAGGCUCUGGAAACCAUAUGCAUAUCGAGGUGUUUCUGAAGUGUGGAAACGAGGUCUCCCAUCUGGCCCAAUGUUAUCCUCGAAUUAUACUCCUUCCAUACAGGCCGAUGGCCUAAAUUUACCGACUGCAACAAAUUUGCAUGAUUUCUCUAAUGAUUCGAAAUUUGGAGACCCGCCCAGAAAGCUAUAUUCUACGAGCAUGAUGCAGGCCCCUGAGACGUAUUCUGUUGGGUCCACGACGAACCAGCACAUGAGUGUACUUAAUGUGAACUCACAUCUUAAUGCUUGUCCAGGUCAGGGCAGCGAUGACAACGCUUUAUUAUCAAUUAAGACUUACGAAAUAGUCAACGCGAUCCGCAAUGCUAUUAUCGACAAGCCCAAAAACAGUACGGUUACCGUUACUUGGUCAUACCAACUAGAAACAAUGUGCUAUCAAUUCUUUUGCCCUACUAAUAUCGAAAAGUUCCUGGCACUAUACUGGUCCUGCUGGUAUCCCAAUUGGCCUACUAUCCAUCAACCCACAUUCGACUCGGUCACGGUGGAUUUCACCCUUGUCACAGCUAUGGUUAUACUUGGAGCAUGUCUCUCUCCUAAUCAACGAGACCAUGACACGGCAAACAUUUGGUUCAAUGUUAUCGAAGAAAUCACAUUCAAUCAUGAAGUAUUUUCUGGAAACACUACCUGCGAAGACCAGGAUGAAAAUACUGUGGCCUCUCUCAGCUCUCGUAUCAAUAUUCUCCAAGCCGCCUAUUGCGUAUGCCUUUAUCAGACUUGGGAAGGUUCGAAACAGAGUAAACGGCGUGUCCGAAGACAUCGCUUUAAUUCUAUAAUCUGGCUGGCUCGGGACAUUGGGUUUAAUCAUGCUACCCUAAAGUCUGUCAGUACCGCAGAUAUAACAGAGUUUGAGUGGAACGACUUUAUUAUUAGGGAGUCUACAAUUCGGCUCUUCACAUACAUUUACAAUUUAGAUUCAGCAUAUGCUAUGUUUUGCGGUCAACCGCCCAGACUACUCUUUCAGGAGCUUAGGUUUGACCUCACGGCUCCUGAGGCUUGCUUCCAGGCUGGAUCUGCCGAGGAAUGCUUUGUUACCUUGAAGUCUUGGAGGCAAACCCAGAUUGGGUACGGAGACGUUACCAUAUUGUCAGCAGUGAAAGCUCUUUGUCACGAAAGUCUAGGCAAUUUUGAUCACUUUUUCGCGACAUUAAGUGUGCUUAACAUGUUCACAAUCAUUUCAGCACUAUAUGCAAUUGUUUUCCAAUUAAAAAGCUCGCCGCUACCUAUACCUGAUACAACGUGGAUAAGAGUAGGCCUCCAACGCUGGGGGCGCCUUUGGCCAUCGCCAGUUCGGGACGAGGAGCUUUCCGCAAGAUUUACAGAGUCCGAACCAGAUGGGUGGAAAGGAGUCGGGUUUAUGCGAUAUGCCCCAGAGUACUGGCUUUUGACGAACCUGGUACUAAACCAAAUACUGCCUGGAACAGGGCUCAGCACGGCGAAAGGUCUUGAAGAUACGACACGCGACGAUGACACUGGAAUGUCUCAACUUAACGCCUUGGUGGCGGAAUUUCGCAUCAAACCUUGA